UGCCAUAAAAUGGUUUAUGGGAUGUAAACGUGAUGUAAAAGAGUUUCUCUUGUGUGCCAGAGUGAGAUUCGAGCGCUGGCACGGAGUUCCUGUUUGUUCUUGUAUGUGCCUGCAAGCAUGUGCGUGGGUGGAUGGGUAAUCCCGACUCCUCUCUCUGUGUUGUCCUGAUUCACGGAGUGCCUGCCCUAGCAGCAUGCUGCCGUUUGUUUGGUUUCUGUAAGGGAACUCUCUUGAGUGGGCAGAGACCUGACAUAAAAGAAGCCAGGACUGCAGGGAGAUGCUCAUUUGGCACCUUGCUCACUCGUUCAUUCAGCAUGACGACAGCUCCCUUUAUCUGUGACGUGGAGGGCUCUGAGGAAUCUCUGAGGCCUGCUGAGAGCGGCCACCAGCUCAGACACCGGCUCUGCUCCUACACUCUCCUCCUGGUGCUCGUGGGUGUACUGGGGGUCCUGGUGCUGGCGCUGACUGGGGGUCUCAUCUGGAUGAAGCUGUUUCAGGAUUGCCCAGAGAAGCUUUGGACUGUCGGUUUCACAGGAACCAACACAAACUUCACUUCACCCAGAACUCAGAAAUACGUGAUCUUCGGCAGCAUCUUCACAAAAGGAGACGUCAAUAAUUGCAUGAACCUAUUCCAGCUGAAGCAGAAAGUCAAUAUCACCACUUCGCAUGAGAUUGUCAAAAAAAAUGUCACCGAGAAUUUCUUUAAAGACGAUGUAGAGCUCAGAGAAGGCGCGACGCUCAGCGUAUUGCUUAAUUGUGAAAAUGUGAUCAUCGAUGAGGACAAAUCCAAACUCUUCAUUUAUCAACAGAACUCAUAGGAUUCAUGCACGUCCUAGCCGUUGCUGGUAUCCAGCCCAAGGGUUAAUCCCUCUCUUUAUCUUAUAAAGAUUUACACACGCUACCUGUAUCUGACUGUACAGAUGCUGACUUCGACAUCGGUGUCAAGAGCUUAGAGGGAUCCUGACGUACUUGUGAAUGUUUUGUUAAGCAAAAAAGCUAAUGCUGUAAAACCGAUCACAGGGUUUGUCAGUGGAGUUCAGUAGAGCUUUUGUCUGUUCAUCAGUGUGAGUGUGAUUUAGUUACUUAUAUUUAAAUAUUUUAGAAAUCAAUUCAAAUCUAAUUUUAUAGAAUCGUCGAUUGCAUUUGAAUUGUAUUACGUCCUUUUUGUUUGAAACUUGUAACAGAAUGUAAACUGUUUGUAUUGACACCUAUGGUGUCCACCACCUUCUCGUUGCUGUUCAACUCUUUAAAAACCUCUGAAACACGUUUGUAUUCUUUACACACAUUAAUAAACAAGUUUCCUGACAAAA